AUGCGUCUCUUCUCGCUGUUACUCGUCGUCUUCGUCCUCCUGGUGGGGAGCACCUUUGGUGUUCCUGUGGCACCACCUCUCUCUCCAUACAACACCUCGAUCAUAGAGCAGUAUGAUCUAUUCGGAGAUUACUAUAAGGACGAAACGAUACAUACCAAUAUAUCGAUCAGGUCAAGCAAAUACCACCCUGAUGAUAUACUCCCUAUACAAGACCUUCCGAAGUGCUAUCAAACGUGCAUGGAAUCCAACUGUUGCAACGGAUGGCCCAGCCUCGGGGACGUUAGGAAGUUGACGGUCCACGAGUGGUGCCACUCCAAAUGGAUACCCGUUCAGAACUGGAUUUACGACCACUAUCAGUUCUGUGUCAAAGAUGCAUGUCAAAAUUGCAAGAUAGAAUCUCGCGACGAGUCAAUUCGAUGGCAGAAGGAAGUAUGCUCAAACAGUUGA